AUCAAUCACCCCAGGGUGGUGGCGUGCUUCCUCUGUCGUCCGAUCUGCCGUUAUCAGAGCGGAGCACGGGGACUCGGGGAGAGAGAUAAUACCGUGGACAAAAUUGGGCACGUCUUCUUCUCCGCGAACCUCGCGUCCUCCUCGCCUGCCUGCCUACAAGUCUCCCCCCUCCCCUCCCCGUGCCUCCCUCGGGCCUCGCUUCUCGCGCUCUUCCUCUCUUGCCUCCGCCUGCCUCCAGGCUCCAACAACCCGGGAGGGCGCCGUCCGCCCCCGCCUCCGGGAGCGAUGAUGAUCGCGCGACGCCUGCUCCGAUCCAAUAAUGCCCCCGCCCAGGCAACCAGCUUAUUGAAGCAUGUAACUGGCACCGCAAGUUUGCAAGGCAAUGCGGAUAGCUUGUUGGAUGGUACAGUCAGACAUUUUGGCUCAGCACCGUCUGCCCAGCCUGAAGAAAAUGGGUUCAAGGGCCACGGCAUGCUGGCGCCUUUUACAGCUGGCUGGCAGAGCAAUGAUUUGCACCCUCUGAUCAUUGAGAGAUCUGAGGGUUCCUAUGUCUAUGACAUUAAUGGGAACAAGUAUCUGGACUCUCUUGCAGGAUUAUGGUGCACAGCUUUAGGUGGUAGCGAGCCUCGCUUAGUCAAAGCAGCAACUGAGCAAUUAAACAAACUACCCUUCUACCAUUCCUUCUGGAACCGUACAACAAAACCUUCGUUGGAUCUUGCACAGGAGAUCCUUAGCAUGUUCACUGCAAGGGAAAUGGGGAAAGUUUUCUUCACAAACAGUGGUUCAGAAGCAAAUGACUCUCAGGUCAAACUAGUAUGGUAUUAUAACAAUGCAUUGGGGAGGCCAAACAAGAAGAAAUUUAUUGCGCGAUCAAAAGCAUACCAUGGAUCUACAUUGAUUUCAGCGAGCCUAACUGGUCUUCCUGCCCUACACCAGAAGUUUGAUCUACCAGCACCUUUUGUUCUGCACACUGACUGCCCUCACUACUGGCGAUAUCAUCUUCCUGGCGAGACAGAAGAAGAUUUUGCGACUAGACUUGCCACCAAUUUAGAGAACCUCAUUCUCAAAGAAGGACCAGAAACAAUUGCUGCUUUCAUUGCUGAACCUGUGAUGGGUGCUGGUGGUGUCAUCCCUCCUCCAAAGACCUAUUUUGACAAGGUUCAAGCAAUCGUGAAGAAGUAUGACAUUCUUUUCAUAGCAGAUGAGGUUAUCACUGCAUUUGGAAGGCUGGGAACUAUGUUUGGAUGCGAUUACUAUAACAUCAAGCCAGAUCUAGUUUCACUGGCCAAGGCUCUUUCAAACGCCUACGUACCCAUCGGGGCAACUCUUGUUAGCCCAGAGAUAUCAGAUGUGAUCCAUUCCCAGAGCAAUAAGCUUGGUUCAUUUGCUCAUGGAUUCACGUACUCCGGCCAUCCGGUUGCCUGUGCUGUGGCCAUUGAAGCUCUGAAACUUUAUCGCGAAAGGGACAUUCCCGGCCAUGUCAAGCAAAUCGCCCCAAAGUUCCAGGACGGGAUUAGGGCGCUGGCAGACAGUCCGAUUAUCGGGGAGAUACGUGGCUUGGGGAUGAUUAUGGGGACCGAAUUCACAAACAACAAGUCACCGACUGAUCUGUUCCCUGCCGAAUGGGGGGUCGGUGCCAUCUUCGGCGAAGAGUGCCAGAAGCGCGGCAUGCUGGUGAGGGUCGCUGGCGACGCCAUCAUGAUGUCGCCGACGCUGAUCAUGACGCCCGGCGAAGUCGACGAGUUGGUGCGCAUCUACGGGGAAGCCCUCAAGGCCACGGAGGAGAGGGUGGCAGCCCUGCAGUCCAAGAAGAACUAGCCAAAAGGGCGGCGACGACGAUAACGAUAAACGCCGGGCGACGACGGACCAUAUUUGAUGUACAGGUGAAUAAACAGCCAAGUUCGUGGCUGCGAGAUGGCAAUAGCGCGCCGGUCUAUGUUCUUGCUCUGUCGCCAAGCAAAUGGUGGCUCAACUUUUUAAACAUGUCAUAGAUGUUUUUUUCUUCCCUUCCUUUCCCUUAAGGAAUGGCAAUACAUCUCAAAUGUUUGCUGCCCUGUAGUUCCUGAAGAUAAUGGGUUUCGUGUAUAUCGUGAGUAUUAGUAGUGUUCGGAUACAUAGCUUUGUAAAGGCAAAGCAAUAAUAAAGUGAAGGAACUGCAGUUUCGAGUCUGCAAGCAUA